AUGGGUAAGACACGUGGUAUGGGAGCUGGGCGCAAGCUGAAGAAGCUUCGGAUUAACCAGAGGUGGGCGGACAAGCAGUACAAGAAGUCUCACCAAGGAAACGAAUGGAAGAAGCCUUUCCAAUUGGCUUCCCACGCUAAGGGAAUCGUCCUUGAAAAGAUUGGUAUUGAGGCUAAGCAGCCUAACUCUGCCAUCCGUAAGUGUGCUAGAGUUCAGUUGAUCAAGAACGGCAAAAAGAUUGCUGCUUUCGUCCCCAACGAUGGUUGUUUGAACUACAUUGAGGAAAAUGACGAGGUGUUGAUUGCUGGAUUUGGGCGUAAAGGUCAUGCCGUCGGAGAUAUUCCCGGAGUCAGGUUCAAGGUGGUGAAGGUGUCUGGUGUCUCACUCUUGGCCCUCUUCAAGGAGAAGAAGGAGAAGCCUAGAUCUUAG